UAGCGGAAUCAGCCCUGUAGCACAAUAGCUCCUUCUAUGGAAAACAACAUCAAAAGAAACUUGGGACUCCUUAGAACGUACGAACUCUAAACUGUGAGCAAGACAAUGAAGCGAUUCUUCAAGCCAAUAGAGAAGGAAGGCUCGGCCAAGAAGCCCUCACUUGCUCCUUCGAAGCAAGGUGGUGAAAAAGGCGAGGAGGACAUCAAGAAAGAGCCAUUGAAGUUCGUGACAUGGAACGCUAAUAGUUUGCUUCUUCGAGUCAAGAACAACUGGCCCCAGUUCUCCGAUUUCAUUUCCAAUCUUGACCCUGAUAUCAUUGCUUUACAGGAAGUAAGGAUGCCAGCUGCUGGUCUGAAGGGUGCACCUAAAAACCCAAGAGAGUUAAAAGAUGAUACAAGCUCUUCCAGAGAAGAAAAGCAGAUAUUGUUGCGUGCUCUUUCCAGUCCACCAUUUGAAAAUUAUCAUGUUUGGUGGUCUCUGGCAGAUUCGAAAUAUGCUGGCACUGCAUUGUUAGUAAAGAAGUGUCUUCAACCAGUGAAGGUUUCUUUUUCUCUCGAUAAAACAGUUUCAAAGCAUGAACCAGAUGGCCGGGUUAUUUUAGCUGAAUUUGAGACAGUUUGUAUAUUGAAUACAUAUGCACCAAACAAUGGUUGGAAAGAGGAGGAAAAUUCGUUUCAGCGGAGAAGAAAAUGGGAUAAAAGGCUUCUAGAUUUUGUUGUGCAAUCAUCAGAUAAACCUCUUAUUUGGUGUGGAGAUCUGAAUGUUAGCCAUGAGGAUAUUGAUGUGACUCAUCCAGAAUUCUUCAGUGCAGCAAAGAUGAAUGGUUAUGUUCCACCAAAUAAAGAGGACUGGGGGCAGCCUGGAUUUACCUUAGCUGAGAGGAAGCGCUUUGGGGCAAUUUUAAAAGAAAUCUUGUGGAUUAUGCUUAGGGGAAGGCUAGUAGAUGCAUAUAGAUACCUGCACAAGGAGAAGGACAUGGAGCGUGGGUUUUCAUGGUCUGGAAAUCCUAUUGGGAAGUAUCGAGGUAAAAGAAUGAGAAUAGACUAUUUCAUAGUUUCAGAUAAGCUGAAGGAUCGGAUUGCUGCAUGUGAAAUGCAUGGGCAAGGAAUUGAAUUAGAAGGUUUUUAUGGAAGUGACCAUUGCCCAGUUUCCCUUCACCUUUCAGAGGAGUGCAAAGCAGCAAAUUGACAUGGUGAUGAUGUAAUGGUAUUAAUUGUCAUAUUUAACAAUACCUGUUUUGAAUUUGAAUCCCUUUUUUAGUAGUUUCUGGUUAUUUAAACUUUCAUUUUUACCACCGCCUA